CACCGACAGCUUCCGACCUCCGCUCAGCUGUUUGCUUUUGCAGGCUCCAUCUAGAAACUAUUUCGAGGCUGUGGAUGCGUAAGUAUUGCGCCAUGCUGCCGCACAGCUGCUUUUUUUAUUCCUCAAGACGAACGGGAAACCGCCAUCGGUGAAAACUGAGGUGUUUUCUGAGCCGCUUGUCUGAACGGAUGCUUUCAGAAAUGGUGUACAAAGCUAAAGCUGGCUGCCUCUAUUCAGCAGAGAAGACAAGCACAGAGAGGGGUGCUCCUGACGCCUUAUGAGAUGAAGGAUAAGAAGAAAAAAAGAGACAUGAAUUGAUUAUUGUUUGUUUAUGAUGGGGAUUAAUACACAUCGAGAUGGAAUUUAUUCCUGACUAGUUUUCAGUUAAAGGGGCGGCGGAUCGUGUUGAUUUUGUUCUGAAUUCAGCCCUGGGAAGGAUACUACUGCUCGUCGGUGAAUUGAUGUGGGAAUACGCGCUACCUGGGCUGCAUAGAUGGCAAACACAAGUGAGUUAGGAGAGAGCAGCCCGUCCUUACAGAACUAUGCGUCCACGGCCUCUGCGGUCAAGCUGGCCUCCCUGGGUCUGAUUAUGGGCAUCAGCCUGCUGGGCAACGCGUCGCUGUCGCUGCUGCUGCUGAAGGACAGCUCGCUGCACAAGGCGCCCUACUAUUUCCUGCUGGACCUGUGCCUGGCGGACGUGGUGCGCUCUGCCGUGUGUUUCCCCUUCGUGAUGGCAUCGAUCAGCGGCGGCUCUGCCUGGCCGUACAGCCCCCUCAGCUGCAAGAUCGUCGCCUUUAUGUCGGUGCUUUUCUGCUUCCAUGUCGCCUUCCUGCUCUUCUGCGUCAGCGUCACCCGGUACAUGGCGAUCGCCCACCACCGGUUCUACUCCAAGCGGAUGAAUUUGUGUACUUGCGUGGCGGUGAUCUGCAUGGUGUGGACCCUCUCCGUGGCGAUGGCGUUUCCUCCGGUUUUCGACGUGGGCACCUACAGGUUCAUCCGUGAGGAGGAGCAGUGCAUCUUCGAGCACCGCUACGUAAAGGCGAACGACACCCUGGGGUUCAUGCUGAUGCUGGCCGUCAUCGUGGGGACGACCCAUGUGGUUUACAUAAAGAUGCUGUGCUUUGUUUACGACCACCGCAAGAUGAAGCCGGCUCAGCUGGUACCAGCUAUAAGCCAGAACUGGACUUUCCACGGCCCCGGAGCCACCGGGCAAGCCGCCGCCAACUGGAUCGCCGGCUUCGGCCGCGGACCGACCCCCCCGACGCUGGUGGGGAUCAGACAAGCUUCGCACCCCGGCAACAGGAGACUACUGGUGUUGGACGAGUUUAAGAUGGAGAAGCGCAUCGGGAAGAUGUACUACAUGAUCACACUGACCUUCCUCAUUUUAUGGGCGCCUUACAUAAGCGCCUGCUACCUGAGAAUAUUUGUGCGAGGGGCUCCGGUCCCGCAGCUCUACCUGACCGCCGCGGUGUGGAUGAGCUUCGCCCAGGCGGGAGCGAACCCCAUAAUCAGCUUUCUAUUCAACAAGGAGCUCCGGAUGAGACUCAGAGCCUGUUUCCCCUGCUGCCUGGGAACACAGACACCCAUGGAGCCAUACUGUGUAAUCUGAACCGCACCGGCCCCCUAAAUACUGCCAAAGACACGUUUAUAUAUGAUUUCAGAAUGUACACGGAAUGCUCCUCGAUGUGUUUGCAUACAGGGACCAACCUCACUUUAGUUUAUCCGCAUUUCUAUCAGUGGCAAAGGGUUUAGACACUAUUUUAAUCUGACAGAACUUUACUGUAAUGUAAAUUCCUGCUUUAUUUUGCUUUCUGGACUCUUUUAAGUCACAUGAAGGAUAACACGUAAUGCUUUAAAAAGAAAUACAGUGUAUUGGAGGCUUUUUGCCUCAGCUGGGUAUCAUGAGGAGGCCACCCUUUUUUCUUUCUUUCUUUCUUUUUGCCUCUGCAUGUAUUUUAAGUGACAUUCAUUCCAUACAUAGGAUGUAGCACAUGUAAAUAACAUGUGUCCUGUUAAAUCCUACCUUUGAUGACGUUUUCUCGAUCCCCAUAUUUUACAUGAAUGUCACUUUGGCUAUAUUUUGAAAUUGUAUUCCAUACACACCCAUCUGAGGUUGUUUGCCCACUGCAGAACUACAAGCAACAAUGCAGAACUACACUUUGAUCAGCCGGCUGGAGUCCCCCAGCAUCCGUAUCAUGCUCGCUUGUCAGCCAUUUGAAUACUAAAACUGAGAUGCAGAUCUCAGUCUAUUUUUAAUGAAGGCAAUGUCACAUUUGUAAAUACUGCAAAGCCCCGCUGACCCCUUCCUCCAGCUUUUUUUUUUUUUAACCAUAUAUGUUGUAUAUUUCAUAAUCUCUCAGAACUCUUUGUGUUGAAUGAGGUGUUUGAACUCUCUUUAUAAGUAUUUUGCAAAUUUCUCUUCAUCAUCAGGUUGUGUUGAGAAGUGGGUCAAUUUAGAUUCCCCAAAGAAUAUACAGUACAUUAAAGACAGCAUUCUUUUUCUAUGGAUGGAUCUCUAAAAAAAAAAAUAAAAAAAUGUGAACAAUU